GAACUCUGAGGAAUUCAACUUGGCACAUGCGACCCCAGUUCAUGCAACGAACCUUGCGCAACAUGACGACGAUCAGUGAGCCCUUGCUGAAUAUCCAUCUGAGCAUGGAAAAAACCGCAGCGCGAGAAGGAAGCGGCUUCCAUGUGGAGCUGCACCCGCCUGAGAAUGUCCGAGUUGCGCGCGAGAACGUGCGUGGCGCAUCAUUCACAAAGGCCGUCACGACACCGCUUCCACAGCCGAAACUCGUCGUCACAUCUCCCACAGCGUUGCGAUUGAUUCAAGAUCCUGCCCCCAAUGACAAUGCGACGUUGUCUGACGACGCGAAGAAGGCGUUGACGAACUUAAUCGCUGGAACGGGGCCGAUCGAAGGGUUGGCGCACUGUUACGCUGGGCACCAGUUUGGCCAUUUCUCUGGACAACUCGGAGAUGGCGCGGCCAUCUUGUUGGGUGGCACGGGCAAGUGGGAGGCGCAAUUAAAAGGCGCGGGUCUCACCGCGUUCUCCCGCACCGCCGAUGGACGCAAAGUGCUCCGCUCGACGCUUCGGGAAUUCCUCGCCAGUGAACACAUGCAUGCAUUGAGCAUCCCAACCACACGCGCGGGCGGGGUUGCCGUGUCAUCCACCGAAACCGUCUUGCGCGACGUGUUUUACGACGGAAAUGCCCAGCAUGAACCCUGUGCGACGGUGCUUCGAAUUGCCCAGACAUUUGUGCGAUUUGGGUCGUUUGAACUGUUUAAACCCAUCGACGCCACCACUGGCCGCGCAGGUCCAAGUGCGACCUUGCCGUUGGACGUCCAACGGUCCACACUUCGAGCCAUGCUGACGUUUGUCCAACGGGAAUACUACGACAUCCACGGCCAAGACGAUGACUUGGAAGGGUCGACCCAUCGAUUCCUGCACGCUCUCACGCAGCGCACGGCCGCCCUAGUGGCCAAGUGGCAAUCAGUCGGCUUUUGCCAUGGCGUGCUUAACACUGACAACAUGAGCAUCGUGGGCGACACACUGGACUAUGGACCGUUUGGGUUCAUGGAGUACUUCGACGCAGGUCAUAUUUGCAACACGUCUGACAAUUCCGGUCGAUACGCCUACGACAACCAGCCCGAGAUUUGCAAGUGGAACUGCCACAUGCUUGUGAACCAAUGGACGUUGCUGUUUAACGACACCGUUCUCGCCGACUUGCACGCGCUGGUGGAUGCCACGUUUGACGCGACAUACCAAUCGGAAUUCACCACCCUCGUGGAACGAAAGCUGGGGCUGCCACGUCACGACCCUGACACCAACGCGGCCCUCGUUGCGUCGUUUUGGGCCACGUUGACCGACACCCACGCCGACUUUACCUGUGUGUUUCGAGCUUUGUCUGGUGUGUCCGCGGUGGACGGCGCGUCCACCGACGGGGUGCUGCAGACCCUGGUGGAGGUAUCGCAUUCGCUAGCCCAAGCGCAAGAGGCUGCGCAGCCACCCGUGUCGCCCGCGCAGUUGGCGCACCUGAAGGACCUUCUCGCAACGCAGCCCCAUGUCGCCCGACGAUACGGCUUCAACCAAGAGACCUUGGACACGUUGACCAAACAAGUGGCCGACUACGAGGCGUUCGUUGCGUCCGACUUGACACCCCAAGGAUUCAAACAGACACAAGAAAACCGAUGGCAGUUGUGGCUCGACCAGUACCAAAAGCAUCUGGCCAAGUAUGGCACGGACGCCGACGCUGACGUGGCGCGCCGACAGGCCAUGAAUGCGACCAACCCCAAGUUCAUUUUGCGCAAUCAUGUGGCCCAGAAAGCCAUCGACGCAGCGUCUGCCGGGGACUUGGCUACCGUGACCCACAUCCUCCACCUCCUCACACACCCUUUCGACGGCGCAAAUGAGUGCGACGCCGCCAUCUACAGCCAGCCUUCGGACCCCAACGCCCCGCCAUUGCUCGUGUCGUGCUCGUCGUAACAGCACAGACAUACUCGAUAAGUACAGUUGUGUAGUCGUCGUGGUCCACAUUGUAAUAUCUACUUUGGACGAAUAUUAUUAUAUCGAGUGCAGUCUAGCUUAUACAAAGUAUACUAGUACGCUCGAGGACGACGAGAUGGUAGUACACUGGCCUUAGGCACAU